ACUCAGUUAAGUUUCACCAUUAUAACGAUAUAGUGGAGACUCCAAACGUCAGUCUCUUCACUUUCCUACUUCUUCUUCUCUUUCAUGGCGUUCGAAGAGAGCUUAGUAAUGGUUUCUUCUUUGUCGAGAUUGUCUAUAUGUACGAGCUCUGCUUACGACGAAGCAGCCACGAAGAAUCAACCAGAUUCGUGUGUUUCCACAUCUCUGGAGAAUUUCGACGGAGCAGAGGCGGAUGGGGAAGUUUCCGAUGAUGGAGAAGGAAAAGAGAACGUUCGAGAGUCAGAUUCCGACAAAGAGACACGUGGGUUUUACUCUCUUCCGGUGACUCCAUCUCGCCGGAGAAGAAAACUUACAGUUUCCGGCGAGUUAGAUGCGAAUGAGAGUAACAAAAAUGGCAGUAAGUGUAGUUUACGGAGGCAAAGGAGGGAAAAGAAGAAAAAGGGAGUUAACGGAGAGUGUGACGUCGGUGGAAGAGAAGGCUUAACGGUGUUGACGAGAGCAAGAGGUGGAGAUAGGUCGUUGAGGAUGGGGUUACAAGAAGUGAAAGCUUGUAGAGAUCUCGGGUUCGAAUUAGAGGUUCCGGUUCCGGGUCGGAUAUCUGUGUCAACAACCGGGUCGAAUUUCGAUACUCAGACUAGUAGCGGCGGCGACUCACCCAUCGCCACCUGGCGUAUCUCCAGUCCUGGUGAUGAUCCAAAGGAGGUCAAGGCGAGGUUGAAAGUGUGGGCACAAGCGGUAGCUUUAGCUUCUGCGACACGUCAAGCUUCUUAGUCAUAUAUCUACUUCUCUGUUUUAGUUUUUUCCUUCUUCUUUUUGUUGAAGUUAUAGACUUAGCGUUUUUGAUGUUUUUUUUAAGUUAUGCUUUAUGGGGACGAGUUUUUAGAGUUGGAUUUAGUUCCUUUUCUUGCGUUUGUAAAUACGAUAAACAGUAGUUGUUUUCAUGGAUGAUGAGAUUGUUUCAGUC